AUGCGCUUCCGACUAGGAAAGAACUUCUGGAUAAACGGCGAAGAAUACGAUGUUUUGGUCAUAGGCGGUGGUGCCACUGGUGCUGGUGUGGCACUGGAUGCUCAGACUAGAGGGUUGAAGACAGCGCUGGUUGAGCUGGAUGACUUUGCCUCUGGAACGUCUUCUCGAAGUACAAAACUCAUCCAUGGAGGUGUUAGGUACCUACAAGCAGCUAUCAUGAAAGCUGAUCUUGAGCAAUAUCGAAUGGUUAAGGAAGCUUUAUUCGAACGAGCCAAUCUUCUGGAAAUUGCUCCUCAUCUUAGCUCACCUCUACCUAUUAUGCUUCCAAUUUAUAAACUUUGGCAAGUCCCUUACUACUGGGCCGGUAUCAAAGCAUAUGACUUUGUCUCCGGCAAACGUGUACUUAAAAGUUCCUUCUUCAUUAGCAAGAGCAAUGCUAUGGAACGAUUUCCCAUGCUGAAGACUGACUCGCUCAAGGGUGCGCUCAUCUACUACGACGGCACUCACAAUGAUGCCAGAAUGAAUUUGGCGAUAGUGUUGUCAGCAAUUAGGCAUGGAGCUAAGGCAAAUGAAACUCCUAUGCCUGAUAAAGGCAUCAGUGGGCUGAGAAAUUUACGAAAUCAUUAUCUGGAAGAUUUACAAAAAAAUCAGAGGAAUAGAAAAAAUAACGCAAUAAGCGAUUUUUCGCAAUGUAAUGGCUUCAAUACCUAUACAAGAAAUUGCGUCAAUCACACAAAGGUCGAAAGGCUGCUGAAAAAUGAAAAUGGUAAAGUUGUAGGAGCUCAUUUGAGAGAUACGCUCACUGGUGCUGAAUGGGAUAUCAGGGCAAAGGCUGUUGUCAACGCUACUGGUCCAUCAACGGACAAAAUUAGGGUUAUGGCUGAUCCAGAGACAAAACCAAUCUGUGUGCCUAGUUCUGGAGUUCAUAUUGUCCUGCCUGGGUACUACAGCCCCUCAAACACCGGUCUUCUCGAUCCAGACACUUCUGACGGUCGUGUCAUCUUUUUCCUCCCUUGGGAACGAAUGACCAUUGCCGGAACCACCGAUGCCCCAUCUGAAGUUACCCUAUCCCCGAUACCCAAAGAUUCCGAUGUUGAAUUUAUCCUACAG